AUGUCUUCAGGUGGCCUCGUUAUGGAUAAACCGACGACUCAGAUAAAAUUUCCAUCUAUCAAAACAGAGAUGGAGUUUUGUGACAGUCAUUUGCAGUUAAAUCAGUCUUCUAUGACUGGCCAUUAUCCGCAAAUUGCUGUUGCGAACAGCACAGCAAGUAAUAAUAGCAGUGCUAGUAAUGCUAACUCAACAGCAACAAAUAGUUGGGAUCCCACGGAGCAUUUUGGAUCAUUAAAGGUUGCACCAAAACUUCUUUAUGUGGCAAAAAACAGCAUUACUCCAUAUACGGAUGCAACGAACUGUAAAAAAUCGAGUAAUCAUAUCAAGAGACCGAUGAAUGCUUUUAUGGUAUGGUCACAAAUGGAGAGGCGUAAAAUAUGUGAGCAUCAACCGGAUAUGCAUAACGCAGAAAUUAGUAAACAGCUUGGUCAACGUUGGCGACAGUUAACUGAGGAUGAAAAGAAGCCAUUUGUGCAGGAAGCGGAACGAUUACGGGUCCUCCACAUGAAAGAGUAUCCUGAUUAUAAAUAUAAGCCACGCAAGAAGCCGAAAAAGGGUGCUGAACCGAACGUUGGCAGCAGUCAGGGCGCUGCUACAACUAACAUUCAACAAACUCGUCCGUGUACAAAUUUGCAGGCCGGACCGCAUAACGUUUUGGGGAUGUCAGUUGGAGGGCAUAGCGAAACUCACUCGCUUCAUUUUGCGGGGAAAUCGAUGAAAAUAGAUCACGACGGGAUACGGUAUUUGAAUGUCAUCAGUGAGGAGAUGAAAAGCCCAACGGGCGUUGGGAACAAGCAGGAACGGCUGUACCAUCAGUCAUACCCGUCACCAAACGAAUUUGGUCAGGCACCCUUGACUCCAGAAAGCGGGUUUUAUGAAGACUUCUAUCCUGGGCCACAGCACUCCGCAGCUGCGGUGUUUGCCAGUUCCGCAGCUGGUUCACCCAGCCAGAUUUUGGCCCCAUCCAGUCAAGUGCAGAAUCUCGGUGAUGUAAGUACAUCAUAUGGAGCCUCUAUAGCACAGCGUCACGGUCUGCCUCCAGCGGUUUAUUACCAUCAGAAUUCGAGCAGGUCCCCAGCUCAGGAAGCUUUCAAAGACGAGUUACGGUCUCUCUCUAGUGGCUCGUCGAGCGGUUAUGGAAGUGUAAACUCGGCGCCCGAUUUAGAUACAGCUGCGUUAAGUUCGCAGCCCAAUGGAUGCGCGUCUGCUCAGUUACUUUUUGGGUCGGGAAAUGUUAUCCAAGUUGGGAAUCAGCGAUUAGCAGAGGACGAUUCCUUGCAUCGUGGUGAUGGAGGACUUCUACCGCCCAUUAACGACUUCCACUUUUCAGCGGCUGCUGUAAACGCUGCGAAUCAGGGCUUAAACAUGUGGAAUUCAAUGGGAAUGAAUGCCCCGGAGUUAUAUUCAACCCCAAUAGCAGUCCCAGUUAAUUAUGAAGCCGCUUUCCAAAUGUAA